AUGGAGCAGCGAAGAGCCUCUGGCGACCUUCACCAGGGAGAUGAAGAGUUCGGCACUCGUACCAUUGACGAAAAGAUUCAUGAUUCAACUCACGUGGAGGAUGUGAAGGGACGAGAUGUCGGCCAGAUCUGUGGACUCACCGAGGCCGAGCAGAAGAAAGUCAUCCGUCGCAUCGAUAUUCGUCUACUUCCGAUUCUAGGCAUAAUGUACUCGAUUUCCCUCAUCGAUCGAACGAAUCUCGGCCUUGCCUUGGUUGCGGGCAUGCAGGAAGAUCUGGGGCUGGCUGUGGGAAAUAGAUACACUGUCAUUGUGAUGGUAUUCUUUGUUGCAUAUAUUCUCUUCGAAAUACCCAGUAAUCUCGUAUUGCCAAAGGCAGGACCCGCAAACUGGCUUUCGUUCCUCGGUGUAGGCUUUGGCGUGGUCCUGAUCGGAAUGGGCUUUACCAAGAGCUGGGGUGCUAUGGCAGUCUGUCGAGCUCUUUUGGGAAUAUUGGAAGCAGGCUUUCUACCAGGUACCGUCACCGUCCGUCAGGGUUUGACACCAGGUCUUGUGGGGAAAAGACUUUCGGGUUUUUGGAUCCUUUCUGUCCUUGCUAGCGGUUUCUCUGCAAUCUUUGCAUAUGUCCUGACUCUUCUCCGUGGAAAGAGUGGACUGAACGGCUGGAGCUGGAUCUUCAUCAUCGAGGGCGCAAUUACCGUGGUUGUGUGUGCUCUGGGCUGGUUCAUCAUCAUCGACUUUCCGACACAGGCCGGCAAGUUCCUGAAGCCGGCGGAGCAAGAGUUCGUCAUUGCCCGUAUCAAUCAAGAUCGCGGCGAUGCUGAGGAGGACCACAUUAAUCUGGCCAAGAUUCUGCAUCACCUCAAGGACUGGAGGCUGUACUUUUGGGCGUUCAAUCUCAUGGCUUCGACACUUCCUGGAUACGCUUACUCCUACUUUCUCCCAAUUAUUCUUCGCAAUGGCAUGGGCUUCAGCAGCACCCAGGCGCAACUUCUUUCUGCGCCUCCCUACGUUCUAGCAGCGAUCGUGGCCUACAUCUCCGGCUAUCUUGGAGAUAAGUACAAGAUUCGAGGGCCAAUCAUUGCAGUCCAUCAAGCUUUAACUGCUGUUGGCAUGUUGAUCACCGUAUACGGCAAAGCUAAUGGUGCUCGCUACUUUGGAGCUUUCCUUGUCAACAUACCCACUUCCUGGCACCCCCCUGUUUCUGGCACCACAAAAACGAUGGGAUCACAACCCAACCUCCUCAUUACUAUUAACUAUUGA